AGUAUUUAUUGUGCAUUAAUUAUUUAAUAAUGGCAUAUAAACUAAAGUUAUUAAACUAUUAUUUUGUUUAUUCAGUCAACUUGCAGUAAUACGGAACACAAAACAAACAAAAAUCCUAUUAAAUUUUCAGUGUUACCCAAUUCCUCAGCAGCAUUCUACCGCCCUUUUGUUUUGAUUUGCUGUUUUGUUCAAUAAUAAAAAGAAUUUUUAACGUAGUUCACUUAAAACAGUCAUAAAUAUAUAAUUAUUACUUAAAUAAUAAAUUUUUAACAUUUGACAACAUAUUUUUUGUUAUGGCUGACAGCCAGCUCUCUGCAGAUCUUCCUGCUAACCAAGGAACUCGAAGUAACCACAAAGCUGGCCGAUUUAUAUGUCAUACAUGCAAUAAACGAUUUACAAAACAAUCGAUUCUGUGCCGUCAUGAAGUUGUGCAUUUGCAGGAUAAACCUUUCGAGUGCUUGGAAUGCCACAAGCGUUUCUCACAAAAUUCCUCAUUGCGACGGCACUGCUUGGAACAACACGAUUCAAAUUUAAAGCGUUUCCAAUGCGCGAAAUGUCCGCUUAGUUUUGCGCAAAAAAGUAAUUUAAGUUUACACGACAAAAAAGUGCAUCCGCCAAACAUAUCAGCACAAACAGCGAGCUAUGCCUGCGACCAUUGCGGUUCUGUGUAUAGGAACAAACAAAAACUUAGUAGACACAAAAAUUUGGUGCACAAAGAUAAAACUAAAACUAAAAUUGCAUAUGAUGAAAUUGACGAGGAAGACGAUUUGGCGUUGACACAAAGCGUUUUGGAGCAAUUGAAAACAUUUCAAAUGGAAAUGCAUGCUUUAGAAGCACCAGUUUUGGAAACUGAAGGAGAUUUAGUAACUUCAAACAUAAAUGUUUCCAACAAGCACAUAGAUUUUAAAGAAAGGCCAACACAGCAGCAAGCGGAGAAACGCAUAAACGAUGGCGUGCAACUCAAAGAUAGUUUGAACGCAGAAGGCAUAGCGUGCUAUCUGAGCGUGCAGCGUACUGUAGGGAAAAAUGGAUACGCUGUAUAUACAUGUGAAUACUGCGUUAAAGAGUUUCGAAAGUCAUAUGAUUACAUAAGGCACCGACGUGUGCAUACACGCGAGCGCCCUUACAAUUGCACACUGUGUGAGCGCACAUUCAGCAUCAAAUCGAAACUACAUGACCAUAUGCGGAUACAUCGUUUAGAUGAGCAACAAGGCAUACUCGCUAAACAUUAUCCAUGUGCAGUUUGUUGUCAAGCCUUCAGUUCAUUGCGUUUACUGGACAAACAUAUUAGCACUCAUGCUCCAAUAUACAAAAUUGCAUAUAAAUGUAAAACUUGUGAGGAGCUGUUCAAAACCAGCACUGCACUUGCUUACCACAAGCAUAAACAAAUUGAUGCCGACGCUGAAUUUUUGCAACAACUACUGCCAGCACCUGCUGAGAUUUAUACAAAUGCUAGUAACACUGAAACCGACUGUGAUUUACCAGUAUCUGCCUCGGUAGAAUGCAUACCAGCAGCCACAAAGAGUGUGCAACACUUAAAGAGGAGUCGUGUUGUGCCUAAAUGGCAAUGCAUUGCUUGCGAAAGGCAUUUUUCAAGUUCCACCAACUUACGCCACCACCGUCGUAUAUACCAUAGCGCUUAUAAGCGUAAACGUCGCAUAUCCGCUUCAGCUGUUAUACGUUGCUACAAAUGUAGCUAUUGCACGCGUGUGUUUCAAAAUAAGACGCGUUGUAAAGCACACAUGUUAACGCAUUUGAAACGUUUAUUAAACACGCACGAAUACGAACAGUCACCGCAUACAAAAAAUAUAAUUAAUGCUUUAGCAUUUGUCACGGGCACAACAAACACUGCCUCCGUGAAAGUUGUGGAAUUUAAAGUAAUCACAAAAUAUCGUAAGUUUGCAACGAAUGUGUGUGAUAAAAAUCAAAAAUGUUCAAAAAAUGCAACGCUUUAUCAUAAAUGUCAAAUUUGUUCAUGUCAAUUCCGCAAACAAAGCGAUCUGAAACGUCAUUUACUUGUACACACAGGUGAGCGUUUGCAUAAAUGCAGCACAUGCAAUAAAAGCUUCAGUUUGCGUAGCACGUUGCAGCAGCAUAUGUUAACACAUGCCACAGAGCGUACAAAACACAUCUGCAUCGUUUGUGCGAAAACCUAUUUGACCAAGAAGGCGCUCAAUGUGCAUUUAAGAUUGCAUACCGGUGCGCAACCGUUUCAAUGUGUACACUGUGCACAGAAAUUUCGCACUUCUGGUCAAAGAAUUGCACAUUUAAAAGUGAAACAUGGCAUAUCGAAAAGUUAAAAACUAAAUGGUUAUUAUUAUAACCUUAUGGUUAUUAUUUUGAUUUCACUGUUGUACCGUACAAUGCUUUAAAUACAACUUUUGUAAUUUCUACAACUAGGUUAUGUAUACUAAACUAAAAUAAUUUCAUUGUUACAUGGAAAGGAAAAUACAUUUGUUUUGAAAAGUCUUAAAA